GAUGAUACGAUUCUUGAAAAUGGGGCAACAAUCCAGGAGUUAAUGCUUCCAAUAUAUGAAAACGCCAAUGCAUCUGAUGUCAUUAAAAUAGGUGUCCUUUGUACUAACGAUCGAUUAUAUGAAAACUAUCCAUAUAAUCUGAUCUUAAAAAAAUACCAACAAAACUUGGAUGAUUUAGUACCAUCGUCUGAAAUUAGUGAAAGAAUAUCCAAAAGGAUCAACGAAAUAAGCGACAUAUCGGAUAUAAAGGAAGCCGAACGUGUUAUUAAAUCAUGGCAUAACAACGAUGAAUUAUUUUCCAAUGACUUUGAUGCUUCAAUAUUAAAUUUCAUAAGAAAUUUAUUUGAAAAAACAUGGCGGUUUUUUGGUUUAGAGUCCCGUUAUUGGGAUUUUAACCAUACAGAAGGACAUAUAAGUAGCGCGUUAAUGUUUGAAACGGAAUUAUUCGCCAAUAAAGAACGGAGAAAUCGGUUUAAGACGCUUUCAGAUAACUUGUUACGUGCACUAAUACCUGAUAUAACGGUUACUAACUUAGAAUUUGACGUGGAGUUUUUGAUCGUUAAACAUGGAAAAUUAUUGUCAUUAAAUGACAAAAAAAAGGAAUUAGGUGACACCGCUAAAUCGUGUACUAUGCUACAUGAUAUGAUUCGUCGCAUACACAAUAAUCUAACAUUUUGUGGCUCACAAUCUGUUAAAGAUUUCGAGAAUUUUAAGGUCAUUGCCGUGGUUACAUCAGCGCUAGAGAUCAAAGUCUUUACUCUUAAUCUCGCAGGUAAAGAACUUUAUAUUUUUCAACAAAUCGCUGGUUGUACCUUACCUCCAAGGGUUCAAAUGUACAAUAGUCAACUUUUGCGUGAUAAUAUUAUCACACUUAUUAAAAUUCGUAUCCUUCCUGAUAAGAACUUUAAUAUUUACAAUAAGUUGUACAAACAGCAGUCAUCAAAUAAAGCUGACUUUUGA